UUCUAAAUGAUCGUCUGGACAUGUAUUUAUUUACUUAGAAAUACGUGACUGCUGGGCAUAUUACCCCACCAUACUUAAGUAUCCAGUCGUAGUAUUACGCAUUAAGAUGACGAGCUUCUUUGUAAGUAAUUCCAGCCCAAUCUGCGCGUACUGGAAACGGAGGACCAGUUCGAUGUGAAAUUGUUAGGCUUGGCCUGAACGUUGAAUUUAGACCUCCCUUUUAUAGUGAAUGUUAUGUGAGGAUGUACCCCCAAAAAAAUUAAGAUAGGCGUACUACAUCUAAAAAAAUUUCAUUAUGUAAUAUUUGUAGUUGUGUAAAUUCUCUUUGAAAAGGGGAUUGCGACUAGAAUAACAUCGGCACAGUAACACUUUACACUUUACAGCUUUCAUCUUGGAUGCCUUGCUUGUGAGGCUAACUCUUGAUUUGAGGAACUAUUGGUCUGAGUCUAACUCUCCAUAAAAUAAGUUUGAUCUGUUUGUUAAGCAUGCUUAUGACCCUUUUUGUUAAAUUAUGUUUUGAGAAAAAGUCCAGAAUUUGUUAUCGUAUCACAUGCAAUAAUCGUACUUGCACUGCACCGAAGCAAUGAGCAUUUUUAUUCACUAUGAUAUUGUUUCAUUUUCAAUAUUUCCGCGUAACACGAUUGGUCAACGUUGCUUCAGCAAUGCAAUUAUGCAUCUGUUUGCACUGAACAUUUUCUCUGUGUGUUCAUCACACUGAUAAUGUCUGUUUUCAACAAUGUUCACUCCCUUCUCUUUAUUCUUCGCUUCAUCUUGAACAGUCAGCCGGUCUAAUUUUUUUCAUCAGUGAAUAGCCAUAAUGAGAGUUUGGUACGUGCUAUCUGGGCGUCGACCGGGCUUCAUGCCAGCAUCUUUACUCCUGUUGCUAGCCACACUUGCUGCCUGUGCCAUCGACCCCGAUGAGCUACAUGCACAUCAUUGGUAUAAGCUGGGCGUUGAGGACAUAAAUGAAGCACUACAGCGCACUCAGAACACGAAGCUGGCCAAGAAUGUGGUGCUCUUCUUGGGUGAUGGCAUGGGAAUUUCCACUGUCACUGCUGGUCGCAUUUUCAAAGGCCAGAAACAUGGGAAGUCCGGAGAAGAAGGAUAUUUGUCAUUUGAACGCUUCCCUAACAUGGCUCUACUUAAGACAUACAACGUGGAUAAGCAAGUGGCAGACAGUGCAGCCGCUGCCACAGCUUUCUUGUCUGGCGCCAAAGGCAACUUCUACACCCUUGGCGUGACGGCCGCGGUCAAAGCCGGUGACUGCGCCGCUUCUUUGCUUCCAGAAAACCGACCCAAGUCCAUCCUGUCCUGGGCGCAGGAGCAGGGCAAAGAAACAGGCCUCGUGACGAACACACGCAUCACUCACGCAACUCCUGGAGCUGCGUACGCCUCAUCAGCGCAGCGCGAGUGGGAGUGCGACGCCAAGAUGAAGGAGGAGGCCGAUCCUUCAGUUAUGCAGUGCAAGGACAUCGCCCGCCAGCUGGUGGAAGAUGAGCCCGGCAUGAGCUUGAAGGUGAUAUUUGGCGGUGGUCGGCAAGCCAUGGGAGCGCCGCUAACCAACUCAACGACCACCUCCUGCCGGCGGCUGGACGGACAGAACCUGGCGCUCAAGUGGCAGGAGAGACGGCAGAGCGAGAACGCUUCCUACGCCUACGUCACCAACACACGGCAGCUCAAAGACGUCGACAUUAACAAUACUGAGUUCAUUUUAGGUCUGUUUGCAGACAACCACAUGUCGUACGAGCGCAACCGUGACGUCAGUGAGGCCGGCGAGCCGAGCCUCAGCGAGCUCGUCGCUACUGCCAUCAGACGACUCGACCGAGCAAAGAAAGGCUACUUUCUGAUCGUUGAAGGCGGACGUAUCGACCACGCCAUGCACGACGGCAAAGCCCAGUUGGCGCUGGAGGAAAUGUUGGCGUUUGACGCGGCCGUCGCCACGGCUCUGGGACUCGUCGACCUCAACGAGACGCUCGUCAUCGUCACGGCCGACCACAGUCACGGCCUCGCCAUCAACGGCUACCCUGACCGCGGCAACGAUAUUCUGGGUACGACAUUCUACGAAGAGGGCAUUGCCGACAACAUGCCCCACACGACACUCCUGUUCACCACUGGACCAGGCUUCAACUACUCCUAUGAUGGCACUAAAGUUGUGAGAGCGAACGUAUCAGGUGUGGACACCCGCGCGGCGUCCUACAUGUUCCCUGCAACUGUGCCCACAAAGAUGGGGGAGUCCCUGCACAGCGGAGAGGAUGUGGCUGCUUAUGCCGCUGGCCCGUGGUCGCACCUGUUCCACCGAACGCACGAGCAGACCUACGUGGCCCACGUGAUUGCGUACGCCGCUCAGGUGGGGCCAUUCGCGUCGCCCCACGCGCCUUAAAACUUUACGCUGAGAACCUUGAUGUUUGCUCAACACUAAAAAAAAAAAAGGAAUGGGUAAUAUUGUUUACAUGGUGAUGCACUUUAACACCAACAGCUCGAGCAGAGAGCGGACGUUGCACUGACAUGCCAUUUUAGUGGGCCAGACUGGGUCGGGUUUACCCACUCAGGAGUAAAAAGUGUAUCCGUUUUUGGACAAAGUAUCACUCGUUUCUCUGAGUGAAUAAAAAUUUCAAAUAACUGUGUUUUUUUCACUAAAAAUUAUA